CCCUGAAAAAGUAAAGAAAACAGAUUAAUCUAAUUCCACCCUUCUUUCUAGGCUUGGAAACAGGCAUGUUUGUUUUCCUGUUUUCCUUCAUUAUUUAAAUCAACUAGUUUCUGUUUUCUUGUAGUCCUCCGUUACACGAAUCAAAGUAGUUUCAGUUUUCUUGAGUCGUUUCAAGUAGGGGUUUGGUGUUAAAUCUUCAUAAUGAAUCAAAUGGCUAUAGCCGCCCUCAAGAAUCAGUACAAGAGUUUUGUUCAAUCUAUGUUCGAUGAGGGAGUGCUUGACAACCAGUUUAGUCAACUUCAAGAUUUACAGGACUCCAGUAAUCCCAACUUUGUGGAUGAAGUGAUCACUUUGUUUUGCAAUGAUGCAGAGAGGAUCAUAACUGAAAUGAACAGAUAUCUGAAUUAUCAGAAUGUUGAUUUUAGCAAACUGGAUUCUCAUGUUCAUCAACUUAAAGGAAGCAGCUCAAGCAUCGGCGCGCAUCGCUUGAAACUCGCUUGUGUUAACCUCCGGCAAGCUUCAUAUGAGCGGAACAAGGAAGAGUGUGUUGAAGCCUUCAAUUCCAUCAGACAUGAAUACUGCCUCUUGCGCAGUAAAUUUCAAUUCCUGAUGCAGAUAGAGAGGCGCAUUGUGGCCCUUGAGAACAACCAACAAUGAAUAGAAGAUAGCAACCAACAAUGGAGGAACAGUUUGCCUUCAAUAGGAUCACUUUGUUGAUCUGCAUUUUACAAUAAGCCAUUAGGAAAUCAGUCACUGCUUUGUAUUAUGAGAAUGUUUGCAUGAAAA